AAGCCGCAUUAGCUGCCAAAUAAACAAUCGCGGAUACCAUUUUUUAAUUCAUAUACUUACACAGCAUCAUUUAUAAUAGUGUUUCAUCACAAUACUAGUUUGAAUAUAAAACUUCAAAGCUCUCUAGCUUUUUCUUAAACCUCGCCGAUUCGUUAAGCUUUAUGCUGGACGUCAUAGCUGAUUAGUUUUCGAUUGAUACUCCGAAGAUUACCGAAACGCACCACGUGACAAGUGACCUCAGCAUCAUUCGAUCAAACAUGGAUUCCGAGGAUACGAGCAGAUCAAGGUCUGCAUCGCCAGAAAAAGGGUCUAUCCAAAGAAACCGGUGUUCAGUUCGAGGAAGAGGGCAGGGACGAAGAGGAAGAACAAGGCGGGGACAAAGAAGAGGGUUGUCAAUGCGCAAUGGAUAGGUAGACAACAGGAUCUGACUAAUAGAGCUGCCAUGGCAGAGAUCAGAGAAACAGAUGUUCAAGAACGUAUAAAUACUUUGCCCCCAGAGCAGCUGCGUGGAUUAGUCAUGAGAAUGUAUCAGAGACAGCCCUCAUUUGUAUUGGAUAUAAUUGAUGUUCAUACAACAAAUGACAAUAGCAACAGGCCUGGCAGUUCCUGUGGUAAUAUUCCAGUCUGGUGUACAUGCACUUUCUGUCGUGAGAUGCCAGUAGACACAGAGAAAGUUUGCUGUAAUAAGACACCCUCAAACUGUCAUUCCAGACUAAGAGAUUUUGACAUCAUAGUACUGGAUGAGUUGGUAUUAGAAGUUGCAAGACGUAUGCGAGAAGACAUGCUGGUUGAAGCCAGAGACCAAAAUUUAAACAGGGCAAACCGUUACGCUGCUUAUAGACAAUACAUUCUUUGGAUCCAUGGCCAUCUUGGAGCAGGGAAUAGAAGGGUCAUCCCAAGUUGCGUUAUUUGGCGCAUAAGAGAUAAAUAUCCUGAUCCAUUUGGACACUAUGUUGGAUUUAUUGAUGGUAGACUUGGCUAAAUAAUACAUGGACACUUUUUAUUCAUUAUUGGCUAAAUUAAAAUCUGUAUCUAGACACAUUUGUUUUAUGUGUAUAUGAAUUUCAUAUCAAUUAAAUUAGAAACUACGCUUAUCUUGAUACAAAAGUACAAUAAAAUCAAGUUUCCCUACUGAAUGAAUCCUAUGAUAG